AUGGAGGAACUGUCAGCACAAGAAGCCUCAGGAUCACCAAGGGUCCAGUUUCACUCUUUGGAGACCCAGUCUGAGUGUCUUUCCCCAGAGCCUCAGUUCAUGCAGGACGCCGACAUGGAGCAGGGACUCACUGGGGCUCCACCUGUUCCCCAGGUGCCUGCUCUUCCCCAAGAGGGAAGCCCAGGAGACCAGACAGCUGCACUCCUGACAGCCAGGUACCAGGAGUUUGUGACAUUCGAGGAUGUGGCUGUGUACCUUACUCGAGAGGAAUGGGGAUGCCUGGACCCUGUUCAGAGGAACCUCUACAGAGAAGUGAUGUUAGAAAAUUAUGGGAACGUGGUCUCACUGGGCAUACUUCUCCGCCUUCCUACCACCCGGAUUCAUUGUGUGAAUUCCUGCCCAGCUCUGAGUCAUACCCAGGCAAGUGCUUUCUCUGGAGAAACACUUGCAGUGCUUUCAGCAGGAAUCUCCAAGAGAUGGCCCAAGUAUCGGCUUCCCAUCGGUAGUGUUCGUCCCUGCUCGGAAACUCCUUUUCCACAAGUGUAAGAUAUUAAACUUGGUUGAUGGAAUAGAUGCUCCCUGGGAUACCACCACUGUGUAAAACUGUAGCUUCUCAAUGACCUUUGUUAAAUUUUAAUGUGAAGGGUCCAAGGAAGCCUUCCUUGCACCCCGAUGCAUUUUGAACCCAGUUCAUUCAGAAACCAUGCUUUCUAGUCAGACACUUAGGUUUUGAGAAACUACAGAGUUCAAAAGUUCAACUCUACCUCUUCAUAUGGGGUCUUGUAUUAGAAUGUAGCACAUUUGCUGUGUGCCCUUUUUCCACAGUGAGCAGGACCAGCUCCUUGUGUUUUCUCACUCUGCUGCAACCUCUGGGCUUUCCUUACAUUUAACAUCAUGCUUUUUUCCUUCCUUCAAAGGCCUACCUUCCUCCCCUUGACUCUGAGGUGCUAUACCGAUUGAUGUAUUUAUAGUACCUUUCCUGAUGAAGUGUUCCUUAGCACUGUUUGAGGGAGGGGAAACGGGAGCAUAAAACAAAGUUAAAUCUUUUUUUCAGGGCAUCAAUAUGAAUGUAUAUUUAAUAACUUUGUAAAAUGUAAAAUUAUAUAUAUAAUUGUAAAAUAUUGUCAAUUUUACUUAAUAAUUACAGAAUUUCCAACAUUAAUCUGUCUAAUUUUUGGAGUAAAACAUCGUGGAAAAACUUGUAGAUUAUGGUGUAAUGUAGUCUAGUAGCACAGCAUGCAGUGAGACUGAACUUUAUUCCAUUUUCCAUGUCAUCUCUGUGCAUGUAUACAGGACACCCAUGCAUACUGCAACAUCAAGUCGCACUACAGGAAGCCCACCUACUCAGUCUACUUUUGUGAUCAGGUCAACAAUAUGUCUUUAGAAAUCACUUUUAUGGAAAAUCAUUUUCUAUUUGUGGGUUUACUGAACUGCAUUCUGAAAUUAAACUAUUUGUGGUUGUAACCGAAGGGCUUUAUAAUUCAGUUUCUACUUAACAUUCCCACUUUUAAGUUUACGCCUUUGUUUUCCUCUAGCAAUAGCUCUAAAUUGUAUUUGCCACAGACAUUAGAAUUUUGGUCCUUUGGUUAAGUGCUUUCACAGUAUACUAGUAAAUGUAGAGAAUAUAAAUAGUCACAGCUGAGAUCAGGUGUGGUGCACACCUGUAAUCCCAGCACUUGAGAGACUGAGGCAGGAGGAUUGCUGAGAGUUUAAGGCUAGCCUGGCUACAUAGUGAGCUCAAAUCCAGCCUGAAUUAUCUAGCAAGACUGAAAAAAUCAAAACAAGAACAACAAAACAACCACAGCGGAACUUUGGUUCCAUGUUUUCACUAGAUAGUAGUGAAUAUGCAGACUAGGAAUAGCUGAGUGAAAAGUACACAGUAAAUAAUUUUCAUUAUCAAAUUUAAAAGAAACCAAAUUUUGGUUGUUGACAGUGAACAAAUAACUGGCUUUUAACCCAAAAAGAAAUUGCCUGCGAGUGCUGAAGAUUUUAGACUGGGUUGCACUUUACAUAGGUCAUUGUGGGAGAUGUAGCUGAUGGCAUUAGAAGUAUGCUUAUCAAAGUUCUAUUUGGUGGUAAAUGAGUUAGUAGAUCAGGAAUGUUUUACACAUACCCAUGGCUUUUUGAACUUGAUGCCCUGGAAGGCAACGGUGAUUUUGCACGGAAUGUUUUCUACUAUUUUUAUUUUUUUUCUGGUAUUGAGGAUUGAACUCAGGACCUUGUGAUUGCCAGGCAGUUGCUGUUUCCCAGCCUAGUGAUACCUAUAUCACUUAAUCCUUACUAUCGCCCUGUGAACAGAAGAUGUUAUUUUUACUUUGAGUUUGAAGACAUUGAGGCUCAGAAAAAUUAACAGACUUAAGAUCCAGACCUAUCUUGGAAAGUUGUAUUGUUUUCUACUGUUUUGUGCUUCUAGGGUAAUAAGUGCAGCCACAUAUGACAUUUGAAAUUUGGUUUUUUUCAAUACUGGGUAUUGAACCCAGGGCCUCUGCUGACUUACAUCCCCAACCCUUUAUUAUUUUGGAGGAGAGUCUCCAAAUCACCAAGUUGUCCAGGAUGAGCUUGAACUUAUAAACCUCCUGCCUCAGGACUAUAAAUAUUUUUUAUGGGUUAUCUGUAUUCUGAUAAUAGAGAACAUCAAAAUGACUAUGAUAAGUUACACAGACUAGUUUAUACAGUUUGGGAUCUGAAAGGCUAUGUAUGUAAGAAGUAAAACUAAGAGUGUAGUAUAGUGUAGUAAAAGAGAUACCUGUAGAAGAAUGCUUUGCUACUUGUGUUUGCUCAUGCCUGUAAUCUCAGCUCCUGAGGAAGCUGAGGCAGAUCACAAGUUUGAGGUCAACUUGGGGAAAUUAGUGAAACUUUUUCGUAAAAAAGCCUGGCAGUGUAGCUCAGUGCAGGCAAGUGUGUGUGAAGUCCAGUGAGCCACAUCCCCAUGAAAAAGCUAUUGCUAAGAGAUUUUUAUUUGUGGAUUUAUUAAGGACCAUGAGAGGAAGCAUGAAGCUUCCAAAUUGCAGAACACUUUAGCACAACUCUGGUAAGAGGAAUGAGCCAAAUAAAGUAAAAUUUAAAUGUUAUUUUUGUGGUGCUAAGGAUUGAAUAUAUGGCCUUAUACAUGCAGGCAAGUGUUCUACCACUGAGCUACAUCCCCAACCCUUUUUUGAGACAAGGUCUUGCUGAGUUCCCUAGGCUGGCCUACUUCCUACUGAAAAAAUAAAUUUUUGGGGGUGGGGGACAAUGUCUCACUGUAUAGCCCAGGCUAGCCUCCAACUUACAGAGAUCUUCCUGCCUUAGCCUCCUAAGUGCUGGGAUUACAAACAUGCACCACCACACCUGGUUCAAAUAUUAUUUUUAAAGACUACACUAUAGUAAAGCUAAUAGAACACUAUUAAGACUUACAUUAAAAAAUAAAAAGAUGUGAAUAAAAGUUAUAGAGAGGAAAAAUUUAAAGCAAGUGCGCUUUUUUUGAUUUUUUUUUUUGGUGGGGGGGAGAUAGGGUCUCUUGUGUCAUGCAGGCUGGGCUUUAGCUGGCUUAUACAUCCCAGACUGGCCUCAAACUCACAAUGAUCCUCCUGCCUCAGCCUCCUGAUUGCUGUGAUUACAGACAUGUGCCAUUAUGACUGGCACAAGUAGAUAUUUUGAAAGUACAGAGUUUCAAGUUAAAAUUUUGGGAAAAAAAAUUCAUCUCAUUGCCAAGAAAAUCUACCAUUAAUAUUUUCUGCAACAGGCAGUAUGAAAAAUUGGAAGGAUUAGACCAUAGAAUCAAACAUAGGUGUGACUUACUAGUUGUGAUAUGUAAAACAAAAUAGCCUACACUUAUUUUCUUCAUCUGCAAAGCAUGAGUUGUGCUAAAGAUUUAGUUAGAUUAUGUACAUAUAUAAGUACCUGGCUUGUGAUAGUGAUUUUGGGAAGCACAGCAAGUGAUACAAACUAUUUAUGAGAUUUUUUAAUACAAAUAAACAUGUAAGGAGCUUAUUAAAAAUUUUUUUUUUUUUGCCUUUUUCCUUUUUAUCAGUACCGGGUAUCGAACUCACAACUGCCUGCUUGCAAGGUAGGCGCUUACACCGCUGAGCUAAAUCCCCAGCCCCUAAAAUUAUUUAUAUAGAAUUUCUUCAAAUUUUCUUCAAACUAGCCUUGGGUUUGGAUGUUUAUUAUUAAAAGAGAUUUGCAUUUUUUGAUGCUAAAUCAUCUUUGAGGAACUGCCUCCCCUUUUUGUGUAUGUUUUCAUUUUUUAUUAGAGAAGUGGGAGGUUGAAUUUCAAUAUUGAUGGUAUUGUAACUUGUCUGCUUUGUUCAGAGGAACACACAAUCAAUUUGUACAAGGGUAUACAACAAUUUAGUUGGCAUUUUGUGUUCUAAAAUCAGUAAUCUGACUAGUUCUAGGCUACCAGACUCCCCUGCACUGUUCCUCGCUCUCAGUUUUGGCAGAUGGCUCAGUUCUCAGUUCUCAUGCACUGUCAGCAAUAGGAUUUUUUUUUUUUUUUUUUUUUUUUUUUUUUUUUGUGACAGGGUCUCGCCAUGUAGUCCAGGCUGGCUCAUACUCAUGGCACUCUGCCUGUGUCAGCCCCCCAGGUGCUGGGAUUACAAGCAUGUGUCACAACAUCUGGCAAGACCCCUUUUAAUUAAAAGUUCUAUGGCUCCAAGGGCCAGGGGUUUAGCUCAGUGGUAUAAGUGCUGCCUGGCAGGCAUGAGGUCAUGAGUUCAAUCCCCGAUAAAAAAAAUUUUUUUCUGUAGCUCCAAAUUCUUAGGAUCUCACUCUAUGUUUUAUUCUAGUCACUUUUUUUCCUGUUAUUUUUCUUUUUACCUUUUACUCUGUACAUUGAUCUUCUGUUUUGUUUCUGUAUGUGUUUUGGAGGAAGGGAUAGACUUUAUUUCACUGUCAUUACUUUUUACAAGUAGUGUGUUUAAAAGCUAGUUUCACCAGCUAUUGUGACUUUGGAGAAGUUGUUUUGAGAUCUCAAAUUCCCAUUUGUGUGAAAACAAUAAUGUUCCUACUUUAUAAAGUAGUGAGUAUUAAAUGAGUGAAAACUUUAAAGCUCUUGGCAUGGCAUUUUGCACCUACUUAGUAAACCUUAAUACUUUGAUAAUACUUACAUUACAAGUGGCUGUGUGUUGUAAACCAUUUUCUUCCUUCCAAGCUUCAGUCUUGUCUAUUAACUGCUUGUUCGACAUUUUCUGUUUUAUUUUCUUAAAUACAAGUGUCAAACUCCUCAUCCUGUAAGAAGACAGCCUUUUUGCUGUGCAUUUGCAUUUUAAAUGUAACCAUAAAUAGCCAAUUUGUCUCAAAUAUUAAAUACUGAGGCUGAGGAUUUAGCUCAGUGUGGUGUAUGUGCUUGCCUGGCAAGUGCGAGGACGUGAGUUCAAUCCCUAGUACCAAAAGCAAACAGACAAACAAACCUGAGAAGCAUCAUAGUAAAUAUUUAACAUUAUUGUUAAUUAGAAUUCUGAACACAAUCUUUGGUCCUUCAUGUCACACACUGUUUUUUCUUUCUUUCUUUCUUUUUUUUUUUUUCCAUGCUAGAUAGUGAAUCCAGGCCUUCACACAUGCUAGCCAAGUGCUCACUGUGUGUAUGUAUGUGUACAGGUAUAUGUGUGUUUAUGUACAUAUGUGUGUCUUUAUAUAUACAUACAUAUACAAUGGUGCCUCAGUUUAUAAGCUUCAUGCCAUGAUUCUGGUCACAGAAUUUGUUCUAUAAUUCUGGCGAACUGAGGUACUACUGUGUAAAUAUAUUUUUUGGUGUGGGAUUGAACUAGGCUCUUGUAUGUGUAGGGUAAGUCCUGUAUCUGUAGGUUGUAGUGAUUUUUAAACCCUUCUUUUUAGUGCCUGGGAUUGAACUAACUCAGGGCUUUGUGCCUGGUAGGCAAACACUGGAUUGCUGGGCUACAUCCCCACUCUAGUAAAACUAUUUUAUUUGGCAUGGAAGACUUAAAACAAGUGUCCAGAAGGAAAACUGACUGUUAAUCCCUAGCUGGAAUUCAGAAACAUAAUAAAUGACUUGCAUGUGUA